CACUUCAUCAAAGCCCAAAGGCCCAAACGCGAAAAUCCCGUGACCUUCUUAAAUACAAAAAUAUUAAUAACAUUCCUCUUCAUAUUCUCGUGACGCAAUAAAUACCCUCACUCUCUUUCACUAUAAUAUAAAUACUCCACUCCCCCAAAAUCCCCAAAUUCCUUAUUUCUCCUUCUUCAACCUCUGCCAAUGGCGACCUUCAUUCAAUUCCCCCAUCUCCUAACUGUCUUAACCCUUCUUCACUUCCCUUCCCUCUCCGCCUCCUUCACCGUCAUCAUGUCCGACUCCGGCGCCCCCUCCGCCCUCGUCGACGGCCCCCAAUCCGGCUUCUCCCUUCACAAUGCCGUCGUCCGUACCGACCCCGCCGAGCAAUCCGCUGUCUACGACAUCAUGUCCGCCACCGGCAACCACUGGGCCACCCAAAUCCCCGACGUCUGCGGCGGCCGUUGGCACGGCAUUGAAUGUAUGCCCGAUAACCACAAUCUCUUCCACAUCGUAUCUCUCUCAUUCGGUUCACUCUCCGACGACACCGCUUUUCCGACGUGCGACCCGACCCGGUCCAUAAUUUCCCCUUCCCUCACUAAACUCCCCCACCUUCGAACGCUAUUCUUCUACCGUUGCUUCUCUGAUAAUCCCCAAUUGAUCCCUUCGUUUUUAGGGCAGUUGGGUCCUUCCUUACAGACGUUGGUCCUUAGAGAGAAUGGUCUUAUAGGCCCCAUUCCAACUGAAUUGACCAAUUUGACCCGGCUCAGGGUUCUUGAUCUUCAUGGGAAUAACUUAAACGGGUCGGUCCCGGUUGGGUUGAACCGGUUACUCGGUUUGAGGUCGUUGGAUUUGAGUCGGAAUAAGUUGACCGGUCCGAUCCCGAGUUUGGGGUUAUCUAAUUUGAGAAUACUUGACGCAAGUCAGAAUCUUCUGACAGAUUCGAUUCCGAUUGGAAUUGCCACGUGUCAAUCUCUCGUUAAAUUGGAUUUAAGUCGUAAUCGUUUAACCGGGGUAAUUCCAAAAUCCAUUAGUGGACUUAAAGAUCUUGUUCUUUUGGACUUGAGCUAUAACCAAAUCUCCAGCCCACUUCCGACGUCGUUUCAGCUUUUGAGCUCUUUAGAAGUUUUGAUUUUGAAAGGAAAUCCAAUGGAUUGUGUUAUUUCUAGUGAUUUAUUUGAUGGUAUGAUGGGUUUGAUGACAUUGAUUCUUUCUAAUAUGGGCUUUCACGGCCCAAUUCCUGGAUCUUUGGGCCGGUUGCCCAAUCUUAGAGUCCUUCAUCUUGAUGGCAACCACUUCAAUGGCUCAAUCCCCUCAAACUUUGAAGGCUUGAGAAACCUUAGUGAUUUGAGGCUCAAUGAUAAUGCAUUGACUGGACCAAUUCCAUUGCAGAAGGAUAUGAUUUGGAGAAUGAAGCGAAAGCUUAAACUAUACAAUAACUCAGGGUUGUGUUACAACUCUAAGGGUGGAGCUGUCGAUGUCUCGGGUUCGCCUUAUAAUAUUGGUAUUGGCCCGUGUAACACCCCUUGACUCGAACCAUAGAAAAUGUAAUCUUUAGGUCAUGAAAAUGUAGCUAGAACUUGUGUAAAUGUGUCACGUGAGAUAGUUUCUAAUAAUAAGCUUAACUCUGUAUGCAUUUGUAAUUUACUUAACGAUCGUUCGUGUAUGUAUUAAUCAAGCCAUUACUAAUAUUAAACAUUAAAGCUCGGUAGUAAUUGAAAAUUCAUUAUGUUAAGUGAGAGUGAAUGUAAACUCAGUUUUCU